CAGUUCAUGCUGACUGAUCGCGAGAACCAGUCAAUCCUGAUCACCGGAGAAUCUGGUGCAGGGAAGACUGUGAACACAAAACGUGUCAUCCAGUACUUUGCAACAAUUGCAGCGAGCGGGGAUAAGAAGAAAGAAGAGCAGUCUGGCAAAAUGCAGGGAACACUUGAGGAUCAAAUCAUCAGCGCCAAUCCACUGCUGGAGGCCUUUGGAAAUGCCAAGACCGUGAGAAAUGACAACUCCUCACGCUUUGGUAAAUUCAUCAGAAUCCAUUUUGGUGCCACAGGGAAACUGGCUUCUGCUGACAUUGAAACAUAUCUGCUGGAGAAGUCCAGAGUCACUUUCCAGCUCAAGGCAGAAAGAAGCUACCACAUAUUUUAUCAGAUCAUGUCCAACAAGAAGCCAGAGCUAAUUGACAUGCUCCUCAUUACCACCAACCCAUAUGACUACCAAUUUGUGAGUCAAGGUGAAAUCACUGUUGCCAGCAUUAAUGACCAGGAGGAGCUGAUGGCUACUGAUAGUGCCAUUGACAUCUUGGGCUUCACUGCUGAUGAGAAAACAGCCAUUUACAAGCUGACAGGGGCUGUCAUGCACUACGGGAACUUGAAGUUCAAGCAAAAGCAACGUGAGGAGCAGGCAGAGCCAGAUGGCACAGAAGUUGCUGACAAGGCUGCCUACUUGAUGGGUCUGAACUCAGCUGACCUGCUGAAGGCCCUCUGCUACCCCCGAGUCAAGGUUGGGAAUGAGUAUGUGACCAAGGGUCAAACUGUGCAGCAGGUGAACAAUUCAGUGGGUGCUCUGGCAAAGGCUGUCUAUGAGAAGAUGUUCCUGUGGAUGGUUGUUCGCAUCAACCAACAGCUGGAUACCAAGCAGCCCAGACAGUACUUCAUUGGUGUCCUGGACAUCGCUGGCUUUGAGAUCUUUGAUUUCAACAGCCUGGAGCAGCUGUGCAUCAACUUCACCAAUGAGAAACUGCAACAGUUCUUCAACCACCACAUGUUCGUGCUGGAGCAAGAGGAGUACAAGAAGGAAGGGAUUGAAUGGGAGUUCAUUGACUUUGGGAUGGACCUGGCUGCCUGCAUUGAGCUUAUUGAAAAACCCAUGGGCAUCUUCUCCAUCCUGGAAGAGGAGUGCAUGUUCCCCAAGGCAACUGACACCUCUUUCAAGAACAAGCUCUAUGACCAGCAUCUGGGCAAAUCAAACAACUUCCAGAAGCCCAAGCCUGGAAAGGGCAAGGCUGAGGCCCACUUCUCCCUGGUGCACUAUGCUGGCACAGUGGACUACAACAUCUCUGGCUGGCUUGAGAAGAACAAAGACCCCCUGAAUGAAACUGUCAUUGGGUUGUACCAGAAAUCAUCUGUGAAGACACUCGCUCUACUUUUUGCUUCUGCUGGUGGAGAGGCUAGUGGUGGUGGUGGUGGCAAGAAAGGCGGCAAGAAGAAGGGUUCUUCUUUCCAGACUGUCUCAGCUCUUUUCCGGGAGAACCUAAACAAGCUGAUGACCAAUCUACGGAGCACUCACCCCCAUUUUGUCCGUUGCAUCAUCCCAAAUGAAACAAAAACACCUGGUGCCAUGGAGCAUGAGCUGGUACUUCACCAGCUGCGGUGUAACGGUGUGCUGGAAGGCAUCAGAAUAUGCAGAAAAGGUUUCCCCAGCAGAGUUCUCUAUGCUGACUUCAAACAGAGGUAA